AUGUCUGUCGUACCCCGAAAAUGCUCGGAAUCAGUUUCACCAACCCUGACAGAAUUUUCACUCGCACCAUCGACUGCGCUCACGACUCCGAAUAGCUUGCGUUUAUCAUCUGUAGCUCCACCCACAUCAGCAGGCGAUAAACGAAUUGCGGCUAAUCUCACCCGGACUGAACCAAUUGCAGGUGCACGAGUCGCCAUUCCAAAGUGGCUGACAGAUACCAUCACACGACUUGAGCACGAGCUCAAAUCGCAGAGGCAGAAGCUAGAAGAAGCUGGGGAUAUCAUUCACGAACAGGCGGAAGAGCUGGUUGAACUUCGACACCAAGUUACGAUACUGCACGAUGCCCAGAAUCAACUUGAAGAUGAAGUUGACAAAUCACGCACAUCGCUAGAGUCACUUUCUUCGAAUGUUGACGUGAUUAAGAAAACACUUCAAAGCAGUACCGAGUCCUCGAAGUCUAAGGCAGCGCAGGCCAUCAGCGACAAUUCAAAAGAUAACAUUUGGAAUUCCGGAGUCCGCAAGGGCUUCUUGAAGGCAAUCGGCAUAACAAAACCAUCUGCGAUAAGGGAGUACCAUCCACACGUAAAUGGGUCGCAGAUUGAUGGUGACCAGGUUCGACCCGACUUCAGCAAAGAUUGGAGCGACAAUGCAUCUUGGCACAUCCAUCUUGUCCAAUAUGUCAGGAUGAAGAUAUUCUCAGAUGCUUACAUGAAAACUUCAAACAUUAUGCUGCAGACUACCGCAGCGCAAAUAAGCUCGCACUGUCAACCGGAAGGGCAAAAGGAAAGACUGACCCAAGGGUGGCACAAAGGGAAGCAUGAAAACGAGUGUAUCCGGGACAAGUCGAAUCUCAAGACUCCUGAAUGGGACUUUGCCUUCACAUUGCCAUACCAAAGCAGUGAUGAGAGCGUGCAGUCAGGAGACAAUGAUCGUGGGGGCAUUGAUCCGGAGACAGAGGAAGACAAAGAUGUCCAAAAGAAGCCAGAUACAAAGUCUAACUUGAAGGGUAAACAGAAGGCACCAUCGAAGGAAGCAUGGGUGACGCACCGUGAAAAGUACCGAGCACUGCUAUUCAAUCAAGCUGUUGAUCACUUGAAUAUGGUGGCAUUGGAGACAAAGAAAUCCAGCCGUCAUCACGCUCGAGUCAUUGGUGAACCGCGGGACAGAGAUUUACCUGACAUUAAGACGAGUGCGAGAAUUCCUAUUGAGCUGAUUGAUCAGGAGUGGCUGCGUGCAUGUCCACAGGACCCCACAAGGUAUAAUGGAACCAUCAAUGACGAUCAAGUAACGGUCCCCGUACCUGAGCAAGAUGCUGACUGCUGGCAUGCUGAAACCGAAGACAACUUUGAAGCGGAGCUCGCUGAUGAUGAAGGAGAGCUAGGUUUUGAUGAGGAGUGA